AUGCUGCUACGGAAACCAACUCAUGCCGGGGGAUCGCCUACACCGUCAUCCGCACGCCUUUUUUCUGAACUCGACGGCUUUUCUUCUGUACCAUCACCUUCGAUAUCUCCACCUCCAGUCCCAGUCAGCCCGCAGAGCAAGACUCACGCAUUCUUUUCCUCGCCAUUUUCUACUACCCCGCCCAGUCCUUUAUUACCACCAAGAAAAGUACCGGUCGAUGAAAGAAACGGAUCUGCCUCCAAUGUCAAUCGAUACCCUGAAAGAGCGACACCUCCAAGAUCUCUUACAGCCGACUUUUUCUCUACCAGUCCUUCUCUUGCUGCUGCUCCUCCAAAGUCAUCCCCCGCACCCAGGCGAAAGUUUCUUAAUCUGCAGCUGAACGGGGAGGAAGUUCGACACAUGACUCCCGUUACAUUGGCAGGAGCUUUUGCAUCUACACCCACACCUACAGAAAGCCGAGAUCAAUUUGAUUUCAUAGGAGAUAAACCCUCAUUCAACUCAGAGACCCGUAGCCAUUCGUCUUCAUGGUCUGAACAUCUGAACGAGCCAACACCAAAACCUCCCCCAAAAUCGCCUUCGCUUGUACACUAUCAUGGACGAGGCCCAAACGGAUCUUCAUUCGAUGUUCAGCAACUUCCAUCUUUCGUCAUUCCCACUUUGGGUGCAGAACCUGACGCAGAGGUUCUUUCCACGUCCCCUUCAUUUUCGCACCUUCCUUCAUUAGGCUUGACGGCAGCACAAGGGUUAUCAGCUUAUCCAUCUCGACCCACGUCAUCACAUUCCCUUCAUUCUGCUGUAUCGCAAGUCUCGCAAGAACUAAACACCAGUAUGACGCAUUCUCUAGGCGAACCGGAUCUCGGCGAAGGUAUUUUUUACCCAGCAGGAGAGGAGGAGCUUGCCUCGGGGAUGAUUAUUCGGUCAUUUCUACCUUCCCAAAGUGAAUCAAAGAAACUUUCUGGUGUGAUGCAGCCUUUAUCUGUAUCCACUGCAUCAUCGAAUUCAUCUGCAUACUCCAAAAACAUGGCUUCUGUUCCCGUAACGUUACGGCUCAGCCGUGCCUUAGGCCAGGGAACAUUCUCUUCCGUCUGGUUGGCCGAAGAUUUGUCUCCUACCUCGCUUCUGUUGAGAUCAAGGAAAAGCUUGAAGAAUCUUAAAAGAAAGAGUACGAUGGAUCUGAAGGCGAACUUGGACUAUGGUGGUACCAGUAGAAGCAAUCAACCUGCAGACCCCCUUCUCAUGAGGCGCCUGCGAGGAGGAGUCAGUGGAACCCGACCUGGAGGGGCCUCUGCGUCAUCUAGUCAAGGUAGCACUGACGAUGCUAUACAUGUCUCUAUAGCCAUGGGUAGACAAGGGACUCUGAUGCCUUCUCCUGCACCGCCGUCGACGUCCACAGUUCCUUCUCCGAAUACCGCAACUAAUAGUCUUUCACUUGAUUUGCCCCCUGCGCUUAUUCCUGGCCACCCAAGCUAUUCAAUGUCUCCACCUCUAGUGUCAUCAUCGCGACUAGGGCUAGGUCUCCCGUUCGAACAAGAUCGUAUCUCCUCCGCGUCUUCCGCACGCAGCGUGUAUCUCGAGUUCCAAGAUGAACACAUCGGGUUGAAGUCGCCUGAUUUAUACAGCGAUAGACUGUCUAUCAUCGGUCUAGAUGUUCCUCAUCAUGAUUAUCAGAACAACUCUGUGUCCCGCGCUUCCAGUGUAUCGUGGAAGUCGUCUGUCUCGUCCGAUGAAGGGCAGGACGGGGGCGCAGAGGAUGGUUCGGUUUGUCGGUCCAGCUCGACUCGUUCGAAUUUGAGCACGCGGAGCUAUCAGAAUGGGGGUCGCCAUGGCUUAGCGUCGCGCCGGAGUUCUACGAAGUCGUCUGUGAGACGCGACCGGUCGAGAUUAAGGUCUAGGUUGGUUGCUGUCAAGUUGACAUCGAGGGGUGUCAUCGAGGAACGAGAGAGAGUACCUGGUCAGGUGUUGAGCCGUCAAGAGAAAAUGGAAGAAGAGGAAAGAGCAAGGGAAAGAGAUCGAACCAGGGUUAGUUUUGUUAGAGAGGUUGAGGUUAUGAAGCAUAUCUCUCACCCGAACAUAACGCCGUUACUAUCGCACCUUACGACUCGCACACAUCACGUCCUUGUGCUUCCAUACCUUCCUGGAGGUGAUCUUUUGGGGUUAGUCAACGAUGAAACUACCUGGAAUAACCUCGGUGAAAAUACAUUGCGAAGAAUAUUUUCGGAGCUUUGUAAGGCCGUAGGAUGGUUACAUGGUGUCGGUCUAGUUCAUAGAGAUAUUAAAUUAGAAAAUAUUUUAUUAACCGUAUCAUUGAGUCCUCAGCCAUUAGAUACACCCGGAUCGGGGUCAACAAUGAACGGGGUAAUGCUGACAGAAGGAAAUACGACUGCCUCACCCACAAAUUACUCGUUCUCUGCCUCCUCGCAGUCAACACCAUCAUCACCAACAUCUGACUUUCACAGUUCGUCAGUGCCUCCAUCUUCCGCAACAAAACUUCCCACGCCUCCUCAACCGCUCAUCAAAUUGACUGAUUUCGGCUUAUCAAGGUUCAUCGAUCCCGCCAAUCCCUUACUAACUACACGUUGUGGGAGCGAGGCAUAUGCUGCUCCAGAGCUUGUAGUUAGCGGUGGUCGAGCCGGUGUAGCGAGCAGCACCAAAUCACCUUGGUUCAUGGAGGACGAGGCUGCUGGGUAUGCACACGAGACUGACUCUGAGAGCGAAAAUGCAGGCGGGUACGACGCCCGCGAAACCGAUGCCUGGGCGUGUGGUGUUGUCCUAUAUGCACUUGUUGCAAGGAGGCUUCCAUUUGGGGAAGGACCCGGGGAGACUUUGGGUGCAGGACAGAUCACCGGUGAAGGUGGGCUUAUCAGAGGGUUCAGUCCGAUGGAAAGGAGACAGUGGUUGAUGAAGAUCGCGAGAGGCGAAUGGCAUUGGCCAGGGAUGGAGAUGAACUCGAAAGCUAUGAUGAGUUCUGAACUUCAUGGUUCUGACCUUGUUCGUAGUGUCGGUGCAAAGCGUGCUGUUGCAAAAUUGCUGGUGAGAGAUCCUAGUCGACGAGCAAGGAUCAAGGACUUCUGGAAUGAUGAAUGGGUCCAAAAUUUUCCCGUCGACGGAAGGGAUAGUAUUGAUGGAUUACCAUCGGAUUCGGAUUUCUACUCACCCUAUAUCCCCGACGUUCCCAGCAUCCCCAGUCUGCAUGAAUUUACGAAUGUAUCAUCACAAUUUUCUUCUGGCCAUCCAAAUCUAUAUUCAACAAGUUUGUCAGGCCUUCCUCCUCAGUUCGGAAGGCCUUCUGUUUCCGAUAACGUCUUUGCCAGUACUCACGAAGAUGAUGAUGAUGAAUUUGACAACGACCGCAGGGAGAAUCAAGAGGUCGAAGUCAAUGGUGAUGAUGAUCCAGGGAGCGCAACCGCAGAUGAAGAUGACGAGCUUGAGGAAGAAGAAGAUGGAGAGGGUUGGUUGGUGGACAAGGACAGCAUCAACCACAUUGCAAGAUCUGAAGUGCCUAGAUGA